AAAAUCCCGAGUCUCUGCCUGCCGACCUUUCUUUGCCAGUUUGCAUUUCAGCUGCCUUCAUUCGUCCUCUUCUUAUUCACAAUUCUUGAGCACUUUUGAAGAACUUUUGUCAUGGAGCGCACAUUUAUUGCUGUCAAACCAGAAGGCGUCCAACGAGGACUGUGUGGUGAAGUCAUUACCCGUUUUGAGAAACGUGGCUUCCAGUUGGUUGCCUGCAAGUUGGUCCAUGCUUCCAAGACCCUUUUGGAAUCCCAUUAUGCAGAACACAAAGGAAAAGGGUUUUUUGAUGGUCUCGUAGCCCACAUGUCCUCCUCCCCUGUAUUGGCGAUGGUCUGGGAAGGUGCCAGUGUAAUUUCAACUGCUCGCACCAUGAUGGGAGCCACUGACCCCAAGAAGUCCGCCCCUGGUACCAUCCGUGGUGAUUACGGUAUUGAUAUGGGACGUAACAUCAUCCAUGGUAGUGAUGGAACUGAAUCAGCCAAUCAUGAAAUCAAUUUAUGGUUUACUAAGGAAGAGCAAAUCACUUGGAAACCAGCUCUAAGCAACUGGUUGUACGAGUAAAUUGGUCAGUAAGUUUAACAAAGACAUUAUAGGAACACUUACUGCAACACAAAAUCAUUUACAUUUUACUGUGAAUAAAUAAGAAAAAAAAUAAAAACAGGUUUAUGUAAA